CCUUAUUCCUUCCCUUACCGGACCAUCUCUCCUCCCCCCUUUUUGUUGUUGCUACCGCCUUCCCAUCACUCCCUCCUGUUAGUCCUUGUCUCCUUCUCCCUCCCCUCCUUUCCUCUCUCUGUCUCUCUCCAUCUGGCAGCAGAAGCCCCCCCCCCUCUGACGUCACUCUGUUUGCAGAGCUAUUGUCUCACAGCAGCAGCUCUCUCCCCUUUCUCUGGGAAACCCUCCCUCCCUCCCUCCCUCUCGACCCAUGAGUGAACACUGAAGGGAGGGAGGGAGGGAGGGAGGGAGGGAGGGAGAGGACGUAGGCUGCAGAGCGAUGCGUCCGGAUCUCACCGCCGUCUUCAUCGGCCGCGAAGGAUUUAUUACCCACCGCUCGACUUGAUCCUCCACAAGACUCUGGGUCACUGUCACUUAGUUAUUAUCCCGCUCCCGGCCCAGCCAUGUUCGGCACAGAGUCCUCAUUAAGCAUGUUUCUCAACACCCUGACGCCCAAGUUCUACGUGGCUCUGACGGGAACCUCCUCCCUCAUAUCAGGACUCAUCUUGAUAUUUGAGUGGUGGUAUUUCAGGAAGUAUGGGACCUCGUUCAUCGAGCAGGUGUCGGUGAGCCACCUGCGCCCCCUGCUGGGCGGAGUGGACAGCAGCAGCCCCAGCAGCUCCAGCAGCAGCAGCGGAGAGGCGGACUCCAGUCGACAGAGCGUCUCUGAAUGUAAAGUCUGGAGAAAUCCGUUGAAUUUAUUUCGUGGGGCUGAAUAUAACAGGUACACGUGGGUGACGGGUCGAGAGCCUCUGACGUACUACGACAUGAACCUGUCGGCUCAAGACCACCAGACCUUCUUCACCUGCGACUCGGACCACCUGAGACCAGCUGACGCCAUCAUGCAGAAGGCGUGGAGGGAGAGGAAUCCUCCGUCUCGUAUCUCCGCUGCACACGACGCUCUGGAGCUGGAGGACUGUGCGACGGCGUUCAUCCUGCUGGCGGAGGAGGAGGCGACCACCAUCAUGGAGGCGGAGCGUCUGUUCCGCCAGGCGCUGAAGGCCGGAGAGGGAAGCUACCGGAACAGCCAGCAGCUGCAGCACCACGGGGCGCCACACGAGGCACAGCACCGUAGAGACACCAAUGUGUUGGUGUACAUCAAGAGGAGACUCUCCAUGUGCUCCAGGAAACUAGGAAGAACAAGAGAAGCUGUGAAGAUGAUGAGAGAUUUAAUGAAGGAGUUCCCUCUCCUCAGUAUGUUCAACCUCCAUGAGAACCUCCUGGAGGCGCUGCUGCAGCUGCAGGGCUACGCCGACGUGCAGGCCGUGCUGGCCAAGUACGACGAUAUCAGUUUACCCAAAUCUGCAACCAUAUGCUACACAGCUGCCUUGCUCAAGGCCAGGGCGGUGUCAGACAAGUUCUCUCCUGAAGCGGCCUCCAGGCGGGGCCUCAGCACAGCGGAGAUGAACGCAGUGGAAGCGAUUCACCGAGCGGUGGAGUUCAACCCCCACGUCCCCAAAUACCUGCUGGAGAUGAAGAGUCUGAUCCUCCCCCCUGAGCACAUCCUGAAGCGCGGGGACAGCGAGGCCAUCGCCUACGCCUUCUUCCACCUGCAGCACUGGAAACGGGUGGAGGGCGCCCUGAACCUGCUGCACUGCACCUGGGAGGGCACCUUCAGGAUGAUCCCCUACCCUCUGGAGAAAGGUCACCUGUUCUACCCGUACCCCAUCUGCACCGAGACGGCCGACAGGGAGCUGCUACCCACAGUGUUCCACGAGGUGUCGGUCUACCCCAAGAAGGAGCUCCCCUUCUUCAUCCUCUUCACCGCUGGUCUCUGCUCCUUCACCGCCAUGUUGGCUCUGCUCACACACCAGUUCCCCGAGCUCAUGGGCGUGUUUGCUAAAGCUUUCCUCAGCACGCUGUUUGCUCCUCUCAACUUCAUCAUGGAGAAGGUGGAGAGCAUCCUGCCGUCCAGCCUCUGGCACCAACUCACCCGCAUCUGACCCGGACCGACCCAGAACUGGACCGACCCGGUCCCGGACUGACUUGGACCCGGAUCCAGGACAUCCUCCCGGGACCAAGUGCUGAACGGACCCCUGAGGCCUCUUUGUGCCGGUCAGAACCGAGAGGCGAAAAAGGCAAAAACACUGGAAUCCAGAUUUAGUUUUUUCUUUAUUUGAUAUGUUUGCGUUUUUUUCUUCUUUUUUCAAAUCAUUUAAAUUUCUUUUUGUUGUACAAAAAACCAGAAAAGAAAAAGAGGCGAUCAGUUUACCGUCAUAAAAAAAGAAGUGAAAAGACAAAAAAAUACAAUAAAGGACUUUUUGUGUAUCGCU